CAUGUCCCGGUGUAUAAUCAUAGAUCGUCGAAAUGCUAUUAUGCUGGUAUGGAUAUUUGUGCUCAGCGGUAUACGACAAAGUCAUACGGAUGACAAAAGCAGCACUACAGGCUUAGUAAAUAACAACAGCAACAACAAUGAAAUGGCUCCCUACGUUAUACGAAAUUUCAAUGAGACAAAUCAACAAUUGGCCCAGUGUCAGAACAAAGCUCAUCUCAAUUGCAGCGAACUUCUGCAUCCCUGUAUCAGAUGUCUAUAUAAUUACACAUGCCAUUAUGGUCAGGAACUACUUGUCAACUGUACAGUGCUGCAUCAGGUGGAAUGUCAAGGUAGUCGAUGGUUUUGGCACCAAAUGAAUUGUCGUUAUUGCUACCAAACGGAAAAAUGGCAACAGAGUUGUGAUCUGAAGAGUAAUUGCAAUUCGGUAAAUGGUCAAUUCUACAAAACCAAUUGCACGGUGCAUAGUGAUGUCUUUUGUCUGGGAAAUCGUUCGUUUACACGAAACGUAAAAUGUAAUUGGACGCAAGGUUAUCGUUGGAGUACGGCGGUAAUAAUUAGCCUGACAUUAGGUGGCUUUGGUGCAGAUCGAUUUUAUUUGGGCCACUGGCAGGAGGGUAUUGGUAAGCUCUUUAGCUUUGGUGGCCUUGGUGUGUGGACGAUAAUAGAUGUAGUAUUAAUAUCACUGCACUACUUAGGCCCGGCUGAUGGUUCAUUGUACAUUUAAAUACAUA